AUGUCAUUGCGCGGUAAUUUUUUACGAAAAUCCAGCAUCUUGAAGCAAUUUUACUCAUCAGACUCCGAUAAAGAAGGCAAAUCCGUCUCCUUUGAUAUCGAGAAGUGCAAAGGCGAAAAUACAGAGGACGCCACAAGCAUAAUAGUGGAAAUGAAACUCGAUGAAGAUGGUAAAUCUGGUCGAGUCGAAAUGCGCGAAGAAAUAGAUGCGGGUCCACCUGCUCUAAGCGAACAGGUGGUCAGCCUUGAAGGGGUAUCCAAAAAAAAUUUGGAAUACAAAAACCCAGAAUUUUUUUUGUAUCACAGAUAUAGUUAUAAUCAGGCCAUAGUGGAAUUGAUGAAGUUCAGAUUGCCCCAAACUUCCAACAAAACCCCUUUGAAAAAAUAG